ACUCUCCCCCUCCUCACUCCCCAUUCUCCGUCUCCCUCGCCUUAAACCCUGAACCUAAUGCUCGUUCGUCAAGGAAUGAGCAAAAGAGGGAUAAAGACUAUACUCUCUCAUUCAGUCCCUUCUCUCUCUCCCUCUCUUCGGCCUAACCCCUUCUUCCCCUCCAAAUCCCCACCACCAUUUCCCUAUGCACCCAAAAUCUCCCGCCAAAAUCUCCUCUCCGUCAUCGCCCGAUUCAUCUCCACCUACUCCCCUGACAAUCUCGAAGGGUUGGUUGAUGCGGAUAGCCCCUUUUUGCAAGAGACUUCGCGCGUCGAGUCGGUCUCGGCCGAAGAUUUUGCCUUUCUGCGCGACUCUUCGUUGGAUCCCAAUGCGGAUAGCGGGUCUUCGGCGCCGAACUUUGAGUCCGGUAAGUGUUCGAACGACGCUGUUCUGAUAUUGGAUGCAAUUAGGGAGUAUAAUGAUGGGUUUGGUGACAAAACCCAGAAGUUUCUUAGGCAGUUUAGGGAGAAAUUGAAUGAAACUUUGGUGGUGGAGGUGUUGAGUCUUGCACAAAAUCCUGAAUUGGGUGUCAAGUUUUUCAUAUGGGCAGGGCGGCAAAUUGGGUACAGUCACACAAAAGCUGUGUAUGAUGCAUUGUUAGAGAGAUUGGGGUGUGAUGAUAAUGAAAGAGUACCGGAACAAUUUUUACGAGAGAUUAAGGAUGAUGAUAAGGAAGUGUUUGGGAAGUUGCUUAACGUUUUGAUUCAGAAGUGUUGCCGAAAUGGGUUGUGGAAUUUAGCGUUGGACGAGCUUGGGAGGCUCAAGGAUUUUGGGUACAAGCCCACAAGAUGGACCUAUAAUGCGUUGGUUCAAGUGUUUCUUAAAGCGGAUCGGUUGGACACGGCUUCUUUGGUUCAUAUGGAGAUGUCGAGGUUGGGGUUUAGCAUGGAUGGAUUUACCCUAGGUUGUUUUGUGCGUUCUCUCUGCAAAGCGGGGAAGUGGAGGGAAGCUCUCACGUUGAUUGAGAAGGAAGAGUUUGUGCCUGAUACAGUUCUUUAUACAAAGAUGAUAUCUGGGUUGUGUGAAGCUUCGCUUUUUGAGGAAGCUAUGGAUUUCUUGAACCGAAUGCGGUCUAGUUCUUGCAUUCCUAACGUUUUGACAUAUAGGACUUUGCUUUGUGGGUGUUUGAGAAAAAGACAGCUUGGUAGGUGUAAGAGAAUUCUCAGUAUGAUGAUCACGGAGGGUUGUUACCCAAGUCCUAGGAUUUUUAAUUCCCUUGUUCAUGCCUAUUGCAAAUCUGGAGAUUACUCUUAUGCCUAUAAGGUAAUUAAGAAAAUGGCAAUUUGCGGUUGUCAGCCAGGUUACGUUGUUUACAAUAUCUUGGUCGCUGGUAUAUGUGGCAAUGAGGAUUUACCAAGCUCAGACAUGUUAGAGUUGGCUGAGAAAGCUUACGGUGAGAUGCUUGAUGCUGGGGCUGUAUUGAAUAAGGUUAAUAUCAGCAAUUUUGCUCGAUGUCUUUGUGGCGCUGGAAAAUUUGAGAGAGCAUAUAAUGUUAUUCGUGAAAUGAUGAGUAAAGGAUUUAUACCAGAUUCUAGUACCUAUUCUAAAGUGAUUGGUUUUUUGUGCAAUGCCUCCAAGGUAGAAAAUGCCUUUUUAUUGUUUGAAGAAAUGAAAAGGAAUGAUGUUGUUCCUGAUGUCUAUACAUAUACGAUUUUGAUUGAUAGUUUCUGUAAAGCUGGUCUUAUUGAACAGGCUCGCAACUGGUUUGAUGAAAUGAUAAGGGAUGGUUGUGCCCCUAAUGUGGUCACUUACACUGCUCUUAUACAUGCAUAUCUUAAAGCUAGGAAACUGUCCAAUGCAAAUGAACUCUUUGAGUUGAUGUGUUCUGAAGGUUGCUUUCCUAAUGUUGUUACAUAUACGGCUUUGAUUGAUGGCCACUGUAAAGCUGGAGGAAUUGAAAGAGCUUGCCAAAUUUAUGCGAGAAUGAGAGGUAAUGUGGAAACCUCUGAUGUAGAUAUCUAUUUUAGGAUUGAUGAUGGCAAUUCCAAAGAACCAAAUGUUUUCACAUAUGGAGCAUUGGUUGAUGGUUUGUGCAAAGCUCACAAGGUCAAAGAGGCCCGUAACUUAUUGGAUGCUAUGUUGGUGGAAGGUUGUGAGCCAAACCAUAUUGUGUAUGAUGCUCUUAUAGAUGGAUUCUGCAAGGCUGGGAAGUUAGAUGAAGCACAAGAGGUGUUUGCUAACAUGUCAGAGCGUGGUUAUAAUCCUAAUGUCUAUACUUUCAGCUCUUUGAUUGACAGGUUGUUCAAGGAUAGAAGACUGGAUCUCGCUUUGAAAGUCUUGUCUAAAAUGCUAGAAAAUUCUUGUGCUCCAAAUGUCGUCAUCUACACGGAGAUGAUUGAUGGUCUCUGUAAAGUUGGGAAGACAGGUGAAGCCUAUAAGCUUAUGCUGAUGAUGGAAGAAAAAGGGUGCUAUCCAAAUGUUGUGACUUAUACUGCAAUGAUUGAUGGCUUUGGGAAACUGGGUAAAAUUGAUAAAUGCCUUGAGCUCUUGAGAGAAAUGAGUUCAAAGGGUUGUGCUCCAAAUUUUAUCACCUAUAGGGUUUUGAUAAACCACUGUUGUGCCACUGGCCUUUUUGAUGAGGCUCACAAACUUUUGGAUGAAAUGAAACAGAUGUACUGGCCAAGGCAUGUAUCAAGCUACCGUAAGGUCAUUGAAGGUUUCAAUCGAGAAUUUGUUUUAUCUCUUGGGCUUUUGGAUGAGAUUAGUGAGAAUGAUUCAGUUCCGAUUAUUCCAGUAUACAGAAUAUUGGUUGAUAGUUUUAUUAAGGCUGGAAGACUAGAAGCAGCUCUAGCGCUGCAUGAAGAGAUUCCGUUAUCCUUCCCUUUAACAACUGCCAGCAAGGAUAUGUAUACUUCUCUGAUUGAGAGCCUCUCCCGUGCAAGUAAAGUUGAUAAGGCUUUUAAACUGUAUGCAGAUAUGGUAAAGAGAGGUGGUGUUGCAGAGCUUAACACGUUUGUUCACCUUAUUAAAGGGCUAAUCAAUAUUAACGGGUGGGAAGAAGCACUUCAACUAUCAGAUAGCAUAUGUCAGAUGGAUGUGCAUUGGCUUCAACAAGAAGAGUCAUCUUACAGAGAGUAGACUUUUGUGCACAGUUAUUGUUUUUGCUUAUGGUCGAUGUGAUGAAAUAACAGUGCAUGGUAAAUUUUUGCACAAAGAAUGACAACAUUGAUAGACGACUCUCAAGUCUUGAUGCACACAUCUGAAAACCUGAGGAUUGGCUGUUGUAUGAGAAAUGAAAUGAGUAUCAGUUCUGCACAGCUUUGACUUACUAUUUGGAGCAAUUAGAUAAAGCUUGAGGAAAAUCUUUUGUUCUUCAAUUGUUCAGUCUCAUAAAAUUGUGAUGGGGCUUAUUGGGCAUGAUGCCAGUCAAUGCUGCUAAAAUAAUUCAAAGUCUGAAAUACCUUUCAUUUAUCAUGACAAGUAUCUAAGCCAAUUCCAACCCCUUUACCAAACAAGGCCAUGCAUAUCAUAUUGGUGGUAAGAAGCUCAACAAAGUUGUUCGGUUUCGCUGUGCCUCGAGUAGGAGUUUUUGUUUUUGUCACGCCAAGAAUUCGUACCCAGCUAAGCAGGAUAUUUGAUGCUGGAAACUACUUCUGGGGCUUGUUUUUGCUCGAAUCAGCCUCCAUUCUCAUACAUUUGGUGCAGAGGUUGCCGCAUCAUGCUUGUACAUGGUACUUCUUCCCAUAAUACCAGGACCAUUGGAAAUGGAGCUUUGUUUGUGCUUCCAUCGAAGCUUCCUUUAAGUUGCGAUUGUCUCAGCGUUUGUCGAGAAAUAACAAGGAAAGUAAGGUACGUAACGUAGCGGAAGGUGCAUGGGAGAAGAGAAAAACAAGCCUUUUUCUUUCUUGCAAUUCUUGAAUUCACAGGGAGAGGAAAAAAAAAAUAAAAAUCCGCAGAUAAUGAAUUCUCAUUGGAUUCAGGCUUACAUGCGUGGUUGGCCAAAUUGGGCGAUCGAUCGACUAGUAGUCUAUGCCCUUCUGUGACCAGAAAGACUGGUCUUAGUCUGCCAUUAGAGUUUCAGAAAUCAUGGAGUACUAUGAAUUCAAGGGUUUUUAGUUGGCCCGCGCGUCCACCCUUUCAAAGGAGCGCAGCUAUAUAUAUGAUGAGUUACUUGGGUACCAUUUUGUGGAACACAUGGCAGCUGUGGUUUCUUCAAGACUAGUCUUCCUGUCUGCCAUAUGCACUCUCAUUGCUCCAGCCAUUGCCAACCGGCCAACGUUCCUUCGCCAAAACUGUUCUGAUAAGCAGGGUAACUACACCAGUGACAGUAGCUACAUGGGAAACCUGAAUCUCGUCCUCUCCAUCCUCUCCAACAACACUGAAAUUGAGUUCGGGUUCUAUUUUUCGUAUUAUGGGAAAAACCAUGACAAAGUCUAUGCAAUUGGACUUUGUAGAGGAGAUUUUAAGCCUGAUGUUUGCCCUAAUUGCCUCGAUGUCGCCAAAGAUUAUCUCACGCUACAGUGUUGUCUCAGUCAGAAGGAAGCAAUAGUAUGGUAUGACGAGUGCAUGUUAUGCUACUCAAGCCGCAACAUAUUUAGGACCAUGGAAGAUAUUCCUGAAUUUCCUUUGUGGAACGACGUACGAUAGCGUAUCAGUCGACGUGAAGGUUGAGUUUAAUAAUCUCCUCUGGAAUUUGUAGGGAAGGCUAAGAGGUCGAGCUGCAGCAGGUGGUUCUCGCUGUAAGUUUGCAAUAGGAAAUGCACCAGGACAAAACUUCCAAGCAAUAAAUGCACUUGUGCAGUGCACACCUGAAUUGUCCGAGCAAGAUUGCAAUUAUUGCUUGAGUUUGGCUUUUGAAAAUUACUGGAAUUGUUGUGCUGGGAGAAUAGGUGGGAGAACUCUUAGACCCAGCCGUAAUUUUAGGUAUGAGAUCUACGGCUUCUACCACCCUGCUGCUGAUGCGCCAUCACCAUCACCAUCACCAUCGCCACCGCCUCUGCCUCCGCCUCCGCCUCCGCCAUCGCCACCGCCUCCACCAGGUGAGAAGAGUGUGGAAAAUCUCCAACUGCGAUCAUUAUAGUUGUGCCCUUUGUUGCUCUUGUGGUACUAGUCAUCUCCAUCUGCAUCUAUUUAAGAGUUGGGAGGCCAUGGGAGAAACAAGGAAGUAAGUAAAGAAAUUGAUUCACUGCUCUUUGUUAUGAAAAGAGUAAGAAUUUGAAUUAUAUAUCUCAAAGAAAAUGACAGAGUUAGAAAAUAUAUGCUCAUCAUAUAGAUGCAAGUCUAGGUGAUACUUACGGGAAUAAAAUUCGGUCGAAAUAUAUUAUGAGCACAAGAAUUCUCAAUCAAUAAUUUACAAAUAAAGUGAUAUAAUUUGGAGAAUAUUUUCAUUUUAUCAAACAAUACUUAGCUAUCAUCAAGGACCAUUAAAUC